CAAUAAAAGCAGCCACACAACAAGUGGCCAGUAGGAUGGCAGAGUAAAGGCGUAAUGAGUGGCCAGCAGGGAAGUGGCAGAGAGCAAUGAGCAGGUGGAUGACACGUGAGCAGCAGAGGGAGUAAUCUCUUUACCUCCUCACACUCAGGACGGGAGGUGAACUCUGUGGAUGCACCUCUGAACUCUGGGUCUGAUCUAACCAAGGGCUGCAACUCAGAGGGCGUGAGAAAAGGGUUGGGCAUGUGAAGAGGACAUUUAGAUUGCUGGACUUAAGAACCUGAUUGGAAAAGGACACUGCCCAACCUACUUGUGUUCAGUGUGGGACUAUCUGCUUGGCAGUCCAGUCCAGCGUACAUCUGAUCUGUCUGGUUGGGAGCUCCCCCCAGUUUGGAGUAUCUGUACAUGGAAUAUGAAGAGGAUGAUGACAUUUCCUUUGCAAAAUGGAUGAGCAGCUUCUGGGGCCACAGCGUGAUUGAUGAGAAAGAGGGUAGAGGCCACAGCAAACGCCAGACGCGAUCCUUUAGUGAAAGGAGAGCCUCCCUUCCAGCCAAGCUUUCAUCUAUCCAUAUGACAAGACUUCAUGCAUCUACGAAAACCCCAUCCUCAGGCCACUUGAGGGGCUGCAAGGAGUUUCAAGAGAGCCAAGAUAUUAAAUGCCAUUGUCACAUGAAGGCAUGCAAAAUAUCUUCACCAGAAGGCUCAGGAUCAAAUAGCAGAUCAAGCUCCAUCCAGGAAUUUUCAGAAUCCUUUGAGAAGCAACUACACUUCAAAAACAAGCGCUCAUUUUCUUUGCAACCUGAUGGCAUGAAAGAGAGAAGAGAGAGAGCAAGAUUGUGUGUGUCCAGGAGCAGGUCUCACAAGAAAGAGGGAGAGAAGAGGGAGCCAAAGAAAGAGCAGGAGGAUGAAGAAGGUCCAGUGGCUGCUGUUGGGAAACAAAGCUAAUAGCUUCCAUCAUAAGCAGGCAUUAAAAAGAGAUAUUCCUUCUGCUUAAAAGGUUACAGAGAAUUGGAAUAAUUCACUUAUGCAUUCUAAUUGAAAGAGUAAAGUGAGUUUUGUCAUUUUGUUUUGACUACAGGAAGGGCACUUAAAAUAAAGUAAACCCUAAUUUUUUAAAUAAAAUUAAUACAAUGAUACCUCUGAAGAUGUGUUUCUAUUGUCCUCUGCUUACUUUCUCCAUUAGAAAUGUGACACUUGCUUUAGAGAAAGUGGACACCUAGUUAUAUCCAGGUUUAAGUGAGCCCUGCAUCAUUUCAAUCUGGAUUUCACCCAAAUUUAACUUUAGCAUAGUAGUAGAUAUGCUUAUGUAAGAGGAGAAUACAGAUAGCUUGCAGAGCCUUACAAAAACACACAUUACCCACUUAAUUUCAAUUUUUGUUAUAAAUUGGAAACUCAGUCCAAAAUGUUUGGGGGAAGGGGAGGAAGUCACAUAAACUGCCAUGCACUGCAUAGCUUUGACAGUUGGUUUGGUUUGUCUUGAAAAUGAAAAGUUUCUUUUUUAACCACCGCCACCACCACCACCAUUUAUUGAAUAAAACUAAAGGAAUACACAGCUUUCACUGAAUACGUCACUGGCUCUGUCUAAAUCCUGCCACACUCUUCCUUGCUAUACCUUAUCCAGCUAUGCUUCCUCACCCAUUAUUAUCCCUCAGUGUUACACUCCACCUCAUCUCUCCCCCCAGUGGCAAUUCUUCCCCCUCCCACGAGCUAAUUCACCCUCCCACUUCUACCGCCCAUAUCUCACUCACCAUCUACCUCAAUCUCCCUUGUACUGGUCUCUCCCUACCCCAUUUACUAUCUCACCCACUCCACAGUUCCUGUGAAACCUCAUUGCUUUAUUUCAGGUCUUGCCUCUUGUGUGCCUCCUUGUAACCUAAAGAUUUCCCCAAUAAAAGACGGCUUUGCCAACCUGUCGCUUGCCAAGCUGUGUUGUUCAGGGGGUUGACAGAACACU